AUGUCACAUCCCGCCUGCAUGCGCAUCAUCGCCUCUCGUGACGGCACGCACAUGCUCUGCCAUCCCGCUUCGUUGCGCAACCGCGUUUUCAGCCAUGCGCCGCCACUCCAAGCCGCCAUGCACGGUUCCCUCCGCUCGCUCCGACUGGAGCUUGCUGCACACCACUGGAGUGCAAGUCGAAAGCUGCGCUUAUCACCCGCAGCCAGAGGCGUGAAUGCUCUGCACAGAUUGCAGUUCCCGCGCACCUUUGCCUUGGCUCGCCCUGCCAAGGCCUGUGCUCCCGGCUCUCGCAGGUCUGGAAUGUGGGGGACACCAGACCCUGCGCUGCAGCCUCAGCAUGCUAUGCUACUGUAUGCUCCGCCAAUCGUCGUCGCGGCUGGUCAAAAUCAUCUCAUCUCCGACUCCGACUCUAUCUCGGCUCCAGUGUUUUUGGUACAGCGCACAUCACCAUCCGCCACUCAAGUCAGUCAACGGGCGGCGCCCAAAUUGCAGAAUCCACCCGAUGAUCGCUUUUGUUCAUGCAGCUACCACCCAGGCGCGCCCGUCUUUCACGAAGGUCUCAAAUCAUGGUCGUGUUGCAAGGACACCAACAAGCCCGUCAUGGAGUUUGACCAGUUCCUCGCCAUCCCCGGCUGCAACUCUGCCGACGCACACUCGACAGAAAAGCAAACCGUCCCUACCGUCAAGAACGGCGCGGUGGUCGCAGAUGCAGACGCCUCCGCGCCAGCCGGCUCCAUCUCGGACGUCCAUCUCGUCUCCAAGGACGCAGAUGGCAAAGAAACAUUCGGCAAGGACACUGCCGCUACCACCGCCUCCGACAUCGUUCAGCCCUUGUCUGGGAUGUCGUUGCUUGCCGCACAAAACGCUGCGCAAGCUUCCAGCACCGCUGCCAAGGCGCAAGCGCCCAAAGAGCCUGUCGAGGAGGAGGACCCUGUCGAGUCGGACGCGAAUCUGCCCGCUGGUCUCACUUGCAAGCGAGGCGGAUGCGGCUUCAAGUUCGAAGGCGGUUCGCGAGACCGCAGCAGCGAGACUUGCAACCACCACAAGGGCACCCCCAUCUUCCACGAGGGCUCCAAAGGCUGGUCGUGCUGCAAACGAAGAGUGCUCGACUUUGACGACUUCCUCAAGAUCGAGCCUUGCUCAACUGCCAAGUCCGGUCACCUCUUUGUAGGCGCGCCCAAGACCGAUGCCGGCGCCGGCAGUGAAGAGAGUGUCGACUGCAGGAUGGAUCAUUACGAGACGCCCAACGACGUCCGUCUCACCGUCUACGCCAAGGCUGUUGAUGCAGGUCAGAGCUCGAUCGAAUUUCAAGAACAAGGCGUCGUCUUCUCCCUGCUCCUGCCUCCAGCACCAGGCUCGACUCGCCCGCGACGAUUCCGCAAGGUCCUCACGCCGUUUGCUCCCAUCGUGCCCGCAGAGUCGUCCUUCAACAUCACCAAGUUCAAGGUCGACCUUGUCCUCGCCAAGCACGCAAAGGGCCAGAGCUGGCCUUGCCUCGAGAGCGGUGACCGCGUCGUCGGCUACGGCCUCACCUUCGGCCGCGACAAGGACAAGUGA